AAAGACUUAAACGACAGCGACAACGCUACGCAUCACUCCGAUUAUUGAAAAGAAGAAUUUUGCCCUCUAAACCGAGAUGGGUUGUACAGAAUCCAAACAAACCUGUGGCGAUGUAGAAAAUGCGAAGAAAAUCAGAAAGCCAAAACCUUGGAUGCAUUCGGAGCCGAUUACGAGAGCACAGCUAACGCGGAUUCGUGACGAAUUUUGGGAUACAGCCCCUCACUAUGGUGGUCAGAAAGAGAUUUGGGAUGCACUUCGAGCUGCGGCAGAAGCUGAAUUGAUCCUUGCACAAGCAAUUAUCGAUAGUGCUGGGGUGAUUGUUCAAAAUGAUGAUUUAACCAUUUGCUAUGAUGAGAGAGGUGCCAAGUAUGAACUUCCCAAGUAUGUCUUGAGCGAGCCGAUUAAUUUGAUUCGGGAUGUCUGAUGAAAGAGACCAAAGAAUACAGUGAGUCAUUUAGAAUAUGAAUCAUGUAGAUUAAGCUCUAUGAUCUCUAGGAUAUGCCCCAAUUGAAAUCCCCAUUCAUUUACCACAAUAUAGUUAUGUCAGCAAAAGUUCAGCUGGAUCGAAAAACAUUAGGUUUUAAUUUAAUUCCAGAUCAUAUCAAGGAAGCUUACUAAAUGACCAGCUGAAUUUCAAGUACAUUUAUGUUAUAUGAUUAAAAUGUUUAUUCUGGAUGGCUAAAGAA